GAACAGAAGAAUCAAUAAAACGAAACGAAGUGGGAAGAGCUUGCCAUUUGGGUUUCCAUUCUACUUUUCUAUAUUCUCAAAAACCCAAAUCUUGAAUCCUUUCUUCAUCCGAAAUAUCUGAAGAAAUUUUGAGAAAAAAAUUUAGUAGUCUAAGUAAAAGAAAAUGGAAGAAGGAGAAGAGGGAGAAGAGGUAAGCAUAGAAGAGCUCGCCUCCAAUCUCUCCACCUAUAAAGAACAGCUUCUCCAGGUCAAGCAGCUCCUGGCUGAUGAUCCUGGAAACUCAGAAUAUGCUGACAUGGAAAGGGAGCUCAAUGAGGUGUGCUGUGUGUCGUGAUGGCCAGCCCGCUCUCUCUCUCUCUCUCACACAGUCACUGAUUUUGGAUGUUCACAAUCAGAUUCUAUGUUCAAAUCAUGACGAUGAUAUGCUCUGCACAAUGUUAUGCGUAAUUGCCUUAACGGAGGAACUACUGGAAACUGCAAAGAAAAAUGAGAAUUCUGGAUCCAAUAUUGGGACUGGGACAAGUGCUGAUACAUCUCCUGGUUUGCCACAAUAUAAUUGGAAUGACAAGGAUUCCUUGAGCAUUUCUGACCAUCAAGAGAAGUUUCCUGUUGGCACAAAGGUGCAAGCUGUUUGGAGUGAAGAUGGGGAAUGGUAUGAUGCAACAAUCGAGGCUCAUACUUCAAUUGGGUAUUACGUCUCUUAUGUUGAAUGGGGCAAUAAAGAAGAGGUGGAUCCUGAUAAUAUAAGGCCAAUUCAAGAAGGCGCUGUGAAUGCAUUGUUGGAAGCAGAGAAGGUUGCUGAAGCUACAAAGCAAGCUAUUAAAAGGAAAAUUGCUCAAGCUGCUUCUGUUGACUUCCAAUCUCGAACCUUGCCAGCAAAACUUCGUAUAGAACCUGAUGAUCCUGAGGAUGUGAAAGCUACCAAGCGAAAGAAGAUACACGCGUUCAAAUCAAAGAUGAGGUUUGAGCAGCUUGAAGUUACACAAAAUAAGCGCCAAAAUGCUUGGCAGCAAUUCCAGACGACAAAAGGCAAGACUAAGAAGGUUGGUUUCUUCUCAGGACGCAAGCGAGAGAGCAUCUUUAAGUCUCCUGAUGAUCCUUUUGGUAAGGUCGGUGUGACUGGAAGCGGGAAGGGUUUGACGGACUUUCAGAAGAGAGAAAAGCACUUGCACCUUAAGGGGGGAACCGCUGAGACGGAUGAGCAGUAGUAGGCUUAGUUUAACAUAGCAUAUUAUAUGUCAUUUUCUGUAUUUAACAUACAUUAAAUGGUUUACUCUUGCUAAUGCAAAAUGCACGUGCACGCAUAGGUCUGUGCGACUUUUUGUUGUUGAAAUAUUUUACCAUUUUUUUCCUCUUGUUUCAUUGUUCCUUCUUUUCCAAGAAGAGCCCCAAAGAGAUGUGACUUCCUAAAUUCUUAUUUUUUCUUAUUUUUUAUUCAAUUUUUAUUAUAUUUUCAA